AUGGCCACAAGGGGAGUCGUCCCGACACGACGGGGCAAUAAUGCCGGCGGCUUCGGCGUCUUCCGUACUGCCGUUCUCGGCCUUACCAAAGCCUUGACGCUGGGCGUUUCCUCCGUCGCCGCCGCGCCCAUUCACGCGCGAGGCCAUCACGAUGAAGAGCCAGAGGCUGGUGAUGCUUUCUGGCCCCUCAUGGGUGCCUCCAUUGCCCUGGUUUUGCUGGGAGGUGCCUUUGCAGGUCUGACGAUUGCCCUGAUGGGACAGGACAGCAUCUAUCUCCAGGUUGUCGCCGGCGACCCCGACGAAUCGCAAUCCAAGAACGCCAAGCGCGUCUACGACCUUUUGAAGAAGGGCAAGCAUUGGGUUCUGGUUACUUUACUUCUCUCCAACGUCAUCGUCAACGAAUCGCUACCUGUUGUCUUGGACCGCUGUCUUGGCGGCGGCGUUGAGGCCGUCGUUGGCAGUACUGUUCUCAUUGUCAUCUUUGGCGAAGUCGUACCUCAGUCCAUCUGCGUUCGAUACGGUCUCCAAAUCGGUGGUUACAUGUCCAAGCCUGUUCUUUUGCUCAUGUGGCUUAUGGCGCCUGUGGCUUGGCCUACUGCGAAGCUCCUCGACUGGGCGUUGGGCGAGGACCACGGCACCGUUUACAAGAAGAGUGGCCUCAAGACUUUGGUCACCCUGCACAAGUCCCUUGGCGAGGUUGGCGAACGCUUGAACCAGGACGAGGUCACCAUCAUCAGUGCUGUCUUGGACCUGAAGGACAAGCCCGUCGAGAACGUCAUGACCCCAAUGGACGAUGUCUUUGUCAUGGCCGAGGAUACUGUACUGGACGAGAAGACCAUGGACCAGAUUCUUUCCGAGGGGUACUCCCGUAUUCCCAUCCAUGCCACCGGAAAGCCGACCGAUUUCGUUGGAAUGCUUCUUGUCAAGAUUCUCAUCACAUACGACCCUGAGGAUUGUCUGCAGGUCAAGGAUUUCCCACUGGCGACGCUUCCCGAGACCCGCCCUGAGACGAGCUGCUUGGACAUUGUCAACUUCUUCCAGGAGGGCAAGUCGCAUAUGGUCCUGGUGUCCGAGUACCCCGGUGCCGACUACGGCGCUAUCGGUGUCGUCACCCUUGAAGAUGUCAUUGAGGAACUUAUUGGAGAGGAAAUCAUUGACGAAUCCGACGUCUAUAUUGACGUUCACAAGGCCAUCCGCCGCAUGACCCCCGCCCCGAAGGCCCGAAUCACCAAGAGGACAGGCCAGCCGUCCCCUCGACCGAUCCCUGAGAACGGUGAUCUCAUCGAAUUCGGAGACGAGCCGCAACCUCCCCAUGAACGAAAUGGUUCCAUCAGUGCGCUCAGCGAUGCCCCGGAGAACCUCUCCAGCAGCGCCCCUAGAACCACAUUCCUUAUGAGAAGAAGCUCGGCCGGUCCUGACGGGCGCAUGACGUCGUCUGCUGUUCCCGUGAAGGCCACCUUUGACGAGGCUAAGCAACACCUCAAGCAUCUUGGUCCAUCCAACCGCGCGUCGAACCCGAAGAACACCAAGUCUACAACCGUCAAAAUCAAGCCCGUUCAGACCGGAGCGCCCUUGUCGCAGAUCCACAGCCCGUCCCCCAAUCUUCGCCCUGCCUCUAUAGCUGGAGAAGUCAGCGAGGAAAGACUGGAGCAUGACACGGACGAGCAUACCCCCCUUAUGCGCCCUAAGCUGACCGGAAAGGGUGGCGUCCAUGCUAUUCGCAAGAGCUAUGGUGGGGCCGGCAUGAGUGAGACUCAGGUUAGGCUCUCGAGCGCCGCUCACGACCACGACGCCGAGGGCGCCAAGGCCCCUGAAGGAGUCGAUUUGCCCCCAACUGUCCCUGAACAUGGCAGCCCAAAGGCCACACGGAGCGCAAGCCCUGAAGCAGCCCGGACGGACCUGACCAUCAUCGUCUCGCCUGGUCGGGCAACCAGCGCGACGAGCGUCACUGAUGUUAUCGAUGAAGGAUCUGCCACCCCCAAGCGCCGACCCCUUGUUCGAAGUGGUAGCAUCAGUGAGAACGUGGUCGAGACUAGCAGUGGAGUCCGGAAAAUCAUCAUCCAGGCCGCCAGCUCCGAUUCCGAUGAAGCCGGGUCUAGAGGUUCCAAGGGCUCUUCCGGGCACCGCUCGCGGGCUACCAGCCAGAGUAACAAGCAGUCUUCUAGCCACGAUUCAGAAGGCGAGGAGCAGGAGAAUGGGGACGGUGCGUCGAGCAUGGCGCAGAGCACCAGCAACAAUAGCCAGGCAGCAAGUAAGAAGAAGAACAGGAGGAAGAAGAGGAAAAACAAGUCGUAG